AUGUUAUUGCUGACAGGAAUUGCACUGUCAAUGAGGGUGUACGUACGAGGCUUUCUCAUCAAGGCUUUUGGCUGGGACGACAGGCUUCUCAUCAUCGCCUUCUUUCUGUAUUCCGGCAAUUGUAUCAUUCUAAUUCUCAUGGGAGCAACUCAAGCAAUCAACGGUGUUGAAGAAACUUCCGCAACACAGAAACUUGGAAAGCUUGCCAUUUCUGGCAUUACGGUCUGGAACGCGACGGAAAUAUUCAUCAAACUCUCUGCUGCAGUCUUCUUCCUUCGCAUCGUUCAGGAAAAGUGGCAGAAACGCACUAUACUUGUCUCGGUCAUUCUCUACGUGGCAGUAAUGACAACGGUCAUCCUUCUCACCAUAUUCCAGUGCGGUGUUCCUUCCAACAUUCUAAUACAUAAAAAUUGUCUGGACUGGGACACUGUGAUGGGACCGAUCAGUUACUUCAGCGGAGCCUUGACAGCAGCUACGGAUUGGAUCUUUGUUCUGACCACCGUCAGCCUCGUCCUGAAGACCAAGAUGCCACCUCGAGCAAAGCUUUCUGUGUGUUUGCUGUUAUCACUAGCCGCUAUGGGAAGUAUCGUCUCCAUCUCGCGCAUUCCAUUCAUCCGUGGAGGAAGGGUUCAACUCGCCACAGCUUCAAAACUUCCAAAAGUUGUCAUUCUUGCAGCCAUUGAAGCAGGAAUUGGCAUCAUCGCUCUCUCGCUCGCGACCCUGCGACCUCUCGUCAAGACUUGGAUGGAUGCUAUCAGCAGUAAAGCAUGGUCUUCAUCUGAAGAUCUGGAACGCCAGGCCGCCCCACACCGAGCGGUUCCGGCUUUUGUGGUCGGUGGAGCGUCUUCGGGAGUCGAGGAUCUGGAGAUUAUCGACAUCGAAAUGGCAAGACCGAGGGACAAGCGCGCAGACUCACAUUGGGCCGGACCGGUAAUUGCGACCAUCUCAAUGCCAUCGGAGAUAUCUGGUCGCUAUGGUGUUCUGGACAGUGUAUACUCGGCCGAUAAACACGAGCGAUGA